AUGGGUGACUUUGUGACUGAAGCAUUUACUCUACUGGCAGUGGCGAUUGUGAUUAUCGGCCUGCGUACCGUAGCUCGAUGGAUCAUGGUUGGGCCGAGAAACUUCCAGGCUGAUGACUACCUCAUGAUCCUGGCGUGUAUUGUAUAUGGGCUCGAGACGGGCGCUGCAUACACUGUGGGGGCAUGGUUCAAAGGUCUCGCCAACAAUGCCAUGACCGAUGAACAACGUCGGACCCUUUCCCCCGAUUCCGAGGAAUAUCACCUGCGCGUGGGCGGGUCGAAGGUCCAGGUGACUGGCUGGUCCUUAUACACUCUUCUUCUAUGGCUGUUGAAAACAUGCAUGGCCAUUUUCUACUCUCGUUUAACAUCGGGCUUGGUGAACAUGCGGAUCCGCAUUCUCAUUGCGUACGCAUUGAUUGGCACAACCUAUAUUGCAACCCUGUGCUCCAUUCUCUUUGGCUGUCAUCCCAUGCACAAGAAUUGGCAGAUAUACCCGGACCCUGGAAAUUUCUGUCAGCCUGCCGUCUCCAAACUCGACAUUUAUGUCACCGUGGUGCUCAAUGUCACCACCGAUAUUUACUUGAUCAGCAUCCCCGCUCCGAUGUUGUUCAAAGCUCGAAUUCACUGGCGCGAAAAGCUCGAGUUACUCAUUUUGUUCAGUGGCGGUAUCUUUGUGAUGAUGGCGGGUAUCCUCCGCUGCGUGUUGAUUUUGACGGCCGGCACCAAUGGAGCUCAGCAAGCGGGUAGCUGGGCUUGCCGCGAGACCUUUGUCGCUGUGGUCAUCGGCAAUGUUCCCAUGAUAUAUCCCCUCUUCCGCCGCGUCGCCCGUCGCGCAGGUCUCUAUCUGAGCUCCAGAGGGGGUGGCUCAGAGAGCUACCCGGCCUACCAGCUGUCGGAGGCCGGAGAAAAUAGUUAUGCCAAGCGAAAAAAGUUCCGUCAUCCCCUUUCCAUCCCCGGUGACACUCAUUGGAACACCAUCAGCGACGAGCAGAUGAUGUUGCCCACGUCGCGUCAGCAACCGCCCACUUGCACCGCCGGAGACGGCGAUUGGGACGCGCACAGCCACAACAGCAGUAGCGGAGGCAUCAAGGUGGUUCACGAAACAAUCAUUCAUAGUACCAAGAAAGAUUCUCAUAUGUAA